GAAAAAAGAACAGAGAGAGAGAGAGAGGAAAAGGGAAAUCUGCAGAACAUUCUUCGUCUUCCUCUCGCGUUUCAACCCCAACAGCGUAGAAGAUUGGGUUUCUGAUAUUUGUAUUUUUGAAUUCUGAACCUCGUGUCACUGUGUUUGUGAUUAUUGAUUCUGAUUUCUGGUUUCUCCAUCAGUGUUUGUGAUCGCUAACGUUCAGUUUUCACAGAUUCUGAAUCAUCAAAUCGGGUCUGCUCCAUCACCAUGGGUAGAAUUAGAGAACUGGCUUUUCUUCUGCUACCCAGAUAAGCAAAAGGGUUUCUUUUUUCUUUUUUCUUUUUUCUUAUGCCAACCUCGCCAUCAUAUCAGUUAUCAGUUAUCAGAGUGUUCAAACAAGAACCUUUGUGUCUGGUCGGCUCAGGACAUGAUGAUGGUUCUAUGUUACUGAUGCGAAUUAUAUGAUUCUUCCGUACAAACAAAAUCGUGUCGUAGCGUGUCGUUGACAAAGUUUCAGGGAUUGUUAUUUUUCAGAUUAGGAGAAAGGGUGUUGUGUGUUCGUUUGAUGAAUUAUGUUCAAACAGAUACUUAGUAAACUUCCUCGAAAGUCAUCAAAAGGUUCUGAGCAUCGCGAACAUGGUGGAAGUGGAAGAAGCCAUGGCGUUACCACCUCGAAAAGCAGUAAUCUUGUUGUGGCAGGGGGCAGCAAACAAGGAAAUUCUUCAUCUUUGAAUGCGGGACAGCAUCGUGGUAACAGAGCUCAAAUACCAUUGGGUGUGAAUGAGAAUCCCAAUGGGAAUUUCAAUUCUUAUGAAGCAUUGCCUGCAUUCAGGGAUGUUCCAGAUUCUGAGAAGCCUAGCUUGUUCAUGAAGAAGCUCAAGAUGUGCAGUGUGGUGUUUGACUUCACUGACCCCACAAAGCACCUCAAAGAAAAGGAAAUUAAGAGACAGGCCUUGGUGGAACUGGUGGAUUAUGUGACUUCUGCUAAUGCUAAGUUCCCUGAGAAUGUGAUGCAAGAAGUUGUGAAAAUGGUGUCUGUAAAUAUAUUCAGAACACUUAGUCCUCAACCGCGAGAGAACAAACUUGUUGAUGGCCUUGAAGUGGAGGAGGAGGAGCCUUCAAUGGAUCCUGCAUGGCCUCAUUUGCAAAUCGUGUAUGAGCUUUUUCUGAGAUUUGUAGCAUCACCUGAGCUGGAUGCAAAGUUGGCUAAGAGAUUCAUUGAUCAGUCCUUCGUUUUGAGGCUGCUGGAUUUGUUUGACUCUGAAGAUCCUAGAGAACGGGAGUACUUGAAAAUGACUCUGCACCGCAUCUAUGGGAAAUUCAUGGCACAUCGCCCUUUCAUCAGGAAAUCGGUCAAUAAUAUCUUCUUUAAUUUCAUGUUUGAGACUGAGAAGCAUAAUGGCAUUGCUGAGUUCUUGGAAAUUCUAGGGAGCAUCAUUAAUGGUUUCGCGCUGCCAUUGAAAGAAGAGCAUAAACUGUUUCUUGUUCGGACACUGAUUCCCCUGCACAAACCAAAGUGCUUAGCAAUGUAUCAUCAGCAGUUAUCUUAUUGCAUUACCCAAUUUGUGGAGAAAGACUUCAAGCUUGCUGAUGCUAUUAUUAGGGGAUUAUUGAAGUACUGGCCAAUAACAAAUAGUUCAAAGGAAGUUAUGUUCCUGGGUGAGUUGGAAGAAGUCUUAGAAGCUACUCAACCUCCAGAAUUCCAGCGUUGUAUGGCACCUUUAUUUCGGCGUAUUGCCCAUUGUUUGAAUAGCCUCCAUUUUCAGGUUGCAGAAAGAGCUUUGUUCUUGUGGAACAAUGAUCACAUUGUGAACUUAAUCAAACAAAACCGCAAAGUGAUACUGCCCAUCAUCUUCCCUGCAUUGGAGAAAAAUGCUAGAAGUCAUUGGAACCAGGCUGUCCAUAGUUUGACUUUAAAUGUGCGGAAGAUUUUCCAGGAUCUCGAUCCUGAUCUAUUCAAAGAAUGUUUACAAAAGUUUGAGGAAGAUGAAUCAAAGGAAGAUGAAGUCACAGCAGGACGUGAAGCCACUUGGAAACGCUUAGAGGAGCUUGCUGCAAAGAAAGCUGCAAGUAGUGAAGCAGUGCUUAUUGGUAAACCCACUCGCAGCUCUGCAGGUUAGAUAGAACUGCAACAUGUAUUCGGCUACAAUUUGUAAACUUCAUUUUUUUUUUAAAAGAAUUUUAUGGUAUUUUUUUUGUAUGUGAUGGGUUGGCCAAGAGGGGCAAUUUCUUUUAAUACUUUCUUCCUAUUGGAUAGAAUUGAAGAUUAUGAUUAGUAGCACAUAUCACAUAUGCAAGGCAUCAUCCAAAGCUUAACUAGCAUAUAGCUUAUAUAUUUGUACCCAUAGUUGGCACUCAGAUACCAUUUCUCAAGGGAAAUU